AUGAAAGAUAAGACAAUUGAACCAGCUAUUGGAGAAGAGGAGGAAGACGAAGAUGAUGUGUAUGAGGUCGAGACGAUACUGGACUCUGUGUGUGAGGACGGUGAUGUACUAUACUUGAUCAAAUGGAAGGACUAUGGAGAUGAGUAUAAUACAUGGGAAAAGUCAGAUAAUAUAAUCGACCAAUCUCUAAUAAGUGACUAUGAAAGAAGACUGCGACAAUCGCGCAGCAAAAAGAAGAAUCAAACUGCCAAACAGGGUCAUCACAAGGUCCUCCAUGAUAAUUGGGAUAAUAACUCCACAAGUGCUAGUCGUCGAGUCCUUUCCUCUGAAUCACAUUCAACACAAUGUUCAGUAUUAAAAGGCAAAAACAUAAACAACGGGCCUACGACUAUAAAAUCAAAGAAGAAACAGAGAACAAAAUCACCUAAUGUACUUGCCUUUGAAGAAAUACUGAGACCUAGUGUCGGUUCUCGUAUAACUGUAGUCAAUGAUGUAGAUACUGAAGGAGUGCCAGAAGGAUACCAGUUUAGUCAGAAGUAUAUUUAUGGACCCAAUGUGCGGGAGCCUGAUACAAAUUUUCUCGUUGGAUGCAAUUGUGCUCCUGGGACAUGCCAUGAGAAUCAUUCUUGUUCAUGUCUAGCAUACAAUGAUGGAAAGUCAUAUUAUACAAGUACAGGGAAAUUAGCAGUUGGCUAUGAUAAGAUCAUUUAUGAAUGUAAUGUCAACUGUAAUUGUGGUUCUUCUUGCCUCAACAGAGUAGUGCAAUCUGGACAUACUGUGGAGAUGCAGGUGUUCCGCACUAAGCACACUGGAUGGGGGGUGCGCACUAUUAAGUCUAUUCCUCGCAAUACGUUUGUGUCCGUGUACUAUGGAGAGAUUAUAACGAAGGAGGAAGCAGAGACAAGAGCGGAGAGAUAUGAAAAGAUUGGUCGAUCGUAUCUCUUCGAGCUAGAUUUUUUCAAAGAUAUUCAUCAUUAUACAGUGGAUGCGUAUCAUUACGGCAAUAUAUCUCGAUUUUUCAACCACAGUUGUGAGCCCAAUAUGAGAGUGAUGCCUGUGGUAAUAGAUAAUGCUGACAUCAGUAUAUAUCAUCUGGCGUUUUUCACAUUGCGCGCAGUAAAAAGUGGAGAGGAGUUGACAUUUGAUUAUUUGGGAGAGAGAGAAGAGAUUAAUAUGAGUAAUCAAGAAGAGAAUCUGACUAGAUGUAAGUGUGGGAGUGAGAAAUGUAGAGGAUGGAUUAUCAUUUGA